AUGACAGCCAUUCAGAAUAUAUCAAAGUCAGUGUUUGUAGGAUUGUGUCGUAAAGUGGGGACCUCACAACAUGUGGCCAUGAGGAGAGAUCUUAUGGACGUCAGUGGAAUGAUACAACAUCAAAUAAUAAGUGGAGAGUGCAGUAUGUUAAGUGGAAGUCGCAGAGAAGGAUUUAGACUGAAAGAAUCAGAUAUGGACAUUAUGAUAUGGCCAAAUAAUCAUCGUGUGAUCUGGGAAUUAUCACAGUCUCAGUAUUACAACACAAACAGACAGACACUGAUCCUCUGUGACCGUUCUGAUAGUCCACCAGGAUUUACUUUGUUAUAUCUACUGUCACCAAGUGUUAAAAUGAAUUAUAAAUAUUAUAUUUCUAGUUCUCAAUACAGACAAAUCACGUGUUCUGCAUUUCCACUUAACACAUCCCAACAUGGACCCUGUGCCAGUGGAAUGUUUGGAACAACAGAGUAUGAUUAUGCCAACUGUUUUGUCAGUGCCUUUUGGCCUCCAUCUGCCUCCUCAUGGAUAGACAGAUGUCACUCAUGGCCCGAGCCUCAUGUUGUUGAUGAUAUAGUAAAAAAUGGAUGUCACUUUGUAGCAAUUGGACAUAAGCUAGGAAGUCAUGAAGACCAUGAAUGGAGAAUUUCUUUCUCUCUGGCAGAACAAAAACUAGUGUAUGCAAUGAAUCACUGUCAAUUCUUAACCUAUGGCUUAUUUAAAUUGUUCUUAACAGAAAUAAUUAACAAUGGAGUAGGUGAUGAUGAUAAAUUACUGUGUUCCUAUCACAUGAAGACAGCAGUUUUCUGGGUUAUUCAACAAAAUAUAAUACCUCAAUGGUGUCCACAAAAUCUCCUGGAGUGUUUCUGGGUCUGUUUUAAACUCAUCCUCAAAUGGGUGUAUGAGGGGAUCUGUCCUAACUUUUUCAUUCCAGACAACAACAUGUUUCUGAGUAAAAUUCAUGGCGACAAACAACAUCAACUAUUUAUUAGACUGUAUAGAUUGUAUGAGAAGGGUUUAGCAUUCCUGCUACACAGUCCCUCCAUUAAGUCAGAUAUAGAAGAAGUCCUUCAAAACCCGAGACUCAUCAUUUGUACAGAUGAACAAAGUCUGACUUCUGAAGCUGAAUUUGAUGUAUGCUUAUUUAAAGAAAUACAUGACAGGGACACACUCCACUCAUUAAAUCUACAAAAUUUCAUCACCUGUCUACAUUCAAUAGAACAGAUGAUAGGCGCGUAUAUAGGGUCACCCUUCCCCACACAGUACAGCAUUCUUAUGUUACAGAAACUUACAGCUUCUGUCCUUCAGAAUCUUGCUUUCAAAUUACACAUCAAAACCUGUACACAGAAAAAUAAAUUGAGGUAUAAUGCUGACAAAAUCUCCAUUCACAUGCUGAAACUAGCUUCCAAGUUUGGUUUUAUUAGUGAUAUGAUGUACAUAGCCAUGUAUUAUUACAAGAAACUUAGAUACAUGGAAGCUUUAUCUGUUAUUAAGAUAAUGAAGAUCAAAUUAGCACAGCCAUAUGUGAUGUGUAGGAAUUUAGGUGUAGAGAUGUAUACAGAUGCUAUAGGGGGACAGUCCUGGCCCACAAAGAUGAGGCAUGCUUUUGCAUGGGAUAUCAACCUUUAUAGUAAAAUCCAUUACAUCAGUGAGUUGAUACCAGAACAAUGGUCUAGUCUACAGAAGAAAUUGCAGUUUUUAGCUAUCCCACCCUUUAUACUGUUACACAUGCUAGAGAUCUUGUGCUACCGACAUGUUGACACAGAAAGAGUUCAAAUAGCUCUUCAUGAACUACAGACCCUAGUUCACUAUGAUCACAGCUAUAUUCUAGAUAUACGUCUCAGGGACAUAUCAUGGCAGAUUCUGGGGAUCUGUCAACAGGUGACAGGGAACCUCCAGGCUGCUCUAUACUCAUACAGACAAUCUCUCAGACAAGAACACUACAGUAAUAUAAACACAGCUACAAUUAUCAGAAUUAUUAUAUUGUUGUACAGACUUUAUUUCAGUCAAUUGUUGUUUGUAAACUUAUUUAUAUGAAUAAUAUAUAAUAUGGCAGAUUCUGGGGAUCUGUCAACAGGAAAUCUCCAGUCUGCUCUAUACUCAUACCAACAAUCUCUCAGACAAGAACCACACAACAAAAUACAAAUAGCUAUACAUAUGAGAAUACAGGACAUUUGUCAAUGGAAUCUCAAAAUGGGUAGAAUAAAUGAA